CAGUAACAUUCCCAUUCAUACACCCCGCGCUCCAUACACCUUCUCAAAAUAACUUACUGUCAUCCAUGGUAACGACUUUGAAUAGACGGGACAAAUUAUUUAAAUUGGGGAAUAAUUAAACUGAAAUAAUAGACGACUGACAACAUAACGACAGGGCCCGUUGAACACUGUUGAACACCUCUCGGCCCUCUCGGUUCUAUGAACAUGUUUCAGACCGUGCCUGACACUUCGUCUUAUGUCAAGGUAAGACAACAUCGUCUCUUCGAACAGGAGGCACUGUCAGUGGUGAGUGAAGACCAGUCCUUGUUUGAGCCUCCUUACGCUGCUGCUGCCCCUCUACCCAAGACAGACAUGACUGCAUCUGGCACACAGGACUACGUCCAGCCCCACAAAAUCAACCCAUUACCCCCUCAGCAAGAGUGGAUUAACCAGCCAGUCCGAGUGAAUGUCAAGAGAGAGUAUGACCACAUCAAUGGAUCCAGCAGGGAGUCCCCAGUGGACUGCAGUGUGGGGGGUAAAUGCAACAAGCUGGUGGGGGGCAAUGACACAUCUCAGAUGAGUUACGGAAGCUACAUGGACGAGAAGAACGCUCCGCCCCCCAACAUGACCACCAAUGAGAGGAGAGUCAUCGUCCCCGCAGAUCCGUCGCUGUGGUCUCAGGAUCAUGUCCGCCAGUGGCUAGAGUGGGCCAUCAAGGAGUACGGCCUGCUGGAGAUGGACACGGCCAUGUUCCACAACACAGACGGCAAGGAACUGUGUAAGAUGAGCAAGGACGACUUCCUCCGACUGACCACCAUGUACAACGCUGAAGUCCUACUCUCUCAUCUCAAUUACCUCAGGGAAAGUAGCUCAUCAUUAUCCUACAACACUCCAUCUCACACGGACCAGUCUCCACGCCUGGCUGCCAAAGAAGACCCUUCAUAUGAUGCUGUACGGCGGACUGGAUGGUCGAACAACAUGCACAGUGGAAAAGGCUCGCCGGUGGUCACACAGAACGUGUCCAAGUCCACUGAACAGCCCAGACCUCAGCCAGAUCCUUACCAGAUCCUGGGGCCCACCAGCAGUCGACUGGCCAACCCAGGUUCAGGACAGAUCCAGCUGUGGCAGUUCCUGCUGGAGCUCCUGUCAGACAGCACCAAUGCUGGCUGCAUCACAUGGGAGGGCACCAAUGGAGAGUUCAAGAUGACUGACCCAGACGAGGUGGCGAGGCGCUGGGGCGAGAGGAAGAGCAAGCCCAACAUGAACUACGACAAGCUGAGCCGCGCCCUGCGCUACUACUACGACAAGAACAUCAUGACCAAGGUGCACGGCAAGCGCUACGCCUACAAGUUUGACUUCCACGGUAUCGCUCAGGCCCUUCAGCCCCACCCUACCGAGUCCUCCAUGUACAAGUACCCCUCGGACCUUGCAUACGUGCCCUCCUACCAUGCCCACCAGCAGAAGGUCAACUUCGUGUCCCCACAUCCCCCCUCCAUGCCCGUCACCUCUUCUAAUUUCUUUGGACCCACUGCUCCGUACUGGAGCUCCCCUACAGGGGGGAUCUACCCCAACCACAGCGUCCCCCGCCACCCCAACUCCCACGUGCCCUCCCACCUAGGCAGUUACUACUAAACCCCACUGCACCAUGACGUCUUCUCCAACCUUCUCUCCCCCCAACCAAACCCACCAGUGCUGAUCUGAAACCACAAUGAAACCAAACCAACUAAGACCGAGAGAAAGGGCGAUUCUCCGCCUGGACCCAAAGUCUGCUCUUAACUGGCAAGAUGAAGAAAGCUAACUGAAGAAAGCUAACUGAAGAAAGCUAACUGAAGAAAGCUAACUGAAGAAAGCUAACUGAAGAAAGCUAACUGAAGAAAGCUAACUGAAGAAAGCUAAUUGAAGAGAUCUAACUGAAGAGAUCUAACUGAAGGAAUGUUUGAAGGAUAAAAAAAACUGGAUGUUCCAAAUGGAGUACUACUUAUUUACAAGACAAGAGACUGUUUCCAUGUUUGUUUUGUUCAGUUUUUCAGUUUGUCUGUGUUUUUUGUGCCAUGUGUCCCUUGAAAACAGCACCCAUGCGCCAGUUCUGAGUGCCCCCAAAAUCUAGACACGUUACCCACACAGACGCAGCCUUAUCGAGAGACCAUAGAGGCUCUCAUACCUACUUUGUGCCUGAUCACAGACAUGGACCCAUUCUCUAUGUGUCUCUAUCUACAUUUCCCUCAUAUGAUAAAGCUCCUGCCUUGUUCCUCGUUCCAGUCCUGUAUGGGGUCUCAGAUCAACAUCAUGUUCGUCUGUCUCAUGUUCUGUUAUCAGUCCGUCCAUCUGCAUCCGGUGUAGGUAGGGCUUUAAAGAAAAGGACUUCUCAGCACUGAAUGAAAAUGAAAUGUUGGCAACUGGAAUACGCCAUUGAUUCACACUUAUCUUAUCCUCCAAACUGGAAGUAGGCGAGUUGGAGACCAGAGUUGGAAGUGAAGCGCUGUAGCUAUGUUUUCAGGGGGCCACACACCGGUUGGCUGUUGUUAUAGAAACUAUGCUGUUUGUCCUCUUCAGCCAUUGGUUCAUUCCAUUUCCAGAUGUUUUGUUGGACCAAGUCAUUAUUAAUGUGAAUGCCCUCUGGUCCAUGGAACACAUCCUCAAUUUGACAAUCACAGUUGUUUGUCUGUCCAGGCCAGUCAAGUGUCUCUGUGCAUUCAUACUGCCCUGCCAUUUCAAAACGUGCAUUUUCAGAUGUUUAAAGUUUGUUGUAUGAAAGAAAUAAUUGUAUUUAAACAGCUGAAUAUGGACUUGUUUCACUACUUCUUGAAAAUAAAUGGUUUACUAAAUAAAGAACAAAACCAAUAAAGUAAGAAAGGAUGAAAACGUAGAAAUCCUCAGAUUCGCGAAUGCUGUGCGUUCGUCAGACCUAUUUUCUAUUAUUUUGUAAACAUUGGUCAACUAGGCAUUAAAGCAACUUACUGUAUAAAUUAUGCAGAGUUAUUUUCAUAUGUGACACAGUUUUAAAAAGUCAAGAGAAUUAAUACGAGUUGACCUCGGUCAAAAAUGCAAACAUUGUUAAGUCCGUUACUGAUAUAUAAGUAUGUUCAACAUUUUUAAACGUUUUAUAUCUGUACAUUUGGGCAGUCCAUUUUUACAUGAUUUUUAUUUUAUUUUAUGAAAUUCAAUUUGUAAUGUCCUCAGUGCCUUGGAGUGAACACAAGAUUUGUUCUAGCUAGUUAUUACCAAAAACCACAAAUGCCUGCUUGAAUCAUAAUCCUAUACUUAUAGUCAAUCUGUUAUUCUGUAUAUACCAUGCUUAUGGUUGCUUUCAAUUCUAAAAUAGGCCAACAAUACUUGUCAUGUCUCAUAUCAUUAAGCCAACCACCCAGAAAUUGCCAGCUUUUGUCUGUGCCUUUAAAUUGGCCUGGUAUAUUAUGCAAAAGAGCACAGACACCCCUUAUAUUCACAGCAAGCAUCUCUUUUAAGCUCGAUUGCUUUAGAUGUGUGAAUUCAAGGGAAUUUGUUAGAUGUAGCAUGAAGGUAAUAAUCUAAAAUGUACCCUUUACAUCCACCUCUCAUAAACAGUAAUGUUCAAUGAAAGGGGAGCUGUGCUACUUCGUAUAUGCAAUGUAUUUUGGAUAUUAAAUAUAUAAAUGUAAUUUUGCAAUUAACCAUUUUAUUAUUAUUGUAAUUCCUGCCAUGUAUUAAGUACUAACUUUUGAAAAAGGGCUUUUGUAUAGGAAAGAAAUUUGACAAAAUAAAAGUUUUUACUUCUGAACAUA